GGAGUCCUGAUCACAGUAACGCUGCUCAGCUCUGCGUCUGUCCGGGUAGCUGCGCAGCAAGUGGAGCCGGAGGGAGAGUGUUUCAAGCACAACACCGGAGCAAACACCUGAAAGAGGAUCGAGACGGUUGCUCACAGCCCGGAGGGUUGAUGUGCGCUCAGAGAUGCAAGCCUCACUGCUAAUGCUCGUCUGUGUCCUGGCUGCUGCUGUCGGCCAGGAGCCUGACCACAGCCACGGCUGUGCUCAUGGCAGCUGCUACCCGGCAACAGGGGACUUGCUGGUUGGACGAGAGAAGAACCUGAAGGCUUCUUCCACUUGUGGGAUGAGGAGAAAAGAGCCUUACUGCAUUGUCAGUCAUCUUCAGGAUGAGAAGAAGUGUUUCGACUGUGACUCCAGACGACCAUAUGACCCCGUCUAUAACACUAUCAAUCACCGGAUAGAGAAUGUGAUCACCACCUUCAAGCCUCACCGCAAGAAGUCCUGGUGGCAGUCUGAGAAUGGGAAGUCGGAGGUCUUUAUCCAACUGGAUUUGGAAGCAGAGUUUCAUUUCACUCACUUGAUUAUGACCUUCAAGACUUUCCGUCCGGCAGCCAUGCUGAUUGAACGGUCAGCAGAUUUUGGUCGUACCUGGAAGAUCUACCGCUACUUUUCUCACGACUGUGCCACUGCCUUUCCCGGAGUCUCCCAGGGUCCUUUGCAUAGCAUUAAUGAUGUCAUCUGUGAGUCCCGCUAUUCUGACAUUGAGCCAUCAACAGAGGGAGAGGUCAUCUACAGAGUGUUGGAUCCAGCCAUCAGGAUUGAGGACCCAUACAGCCCGAACAUCCAGAACCAGCUAAAGAUCACCAACUUGAGAGUGAACUUCACCAAGCUUCACACACUGGGAGACAACCUGCUGGACCCGAGAGCGGAAAUAAAAGAAAAGUACUACUACGCCAUAUAUGAGCUUGUUGUACGUGGAAACUGCUUUUGCUACGGCCAUGCAUCAGAGUGCGCCCCCAUCGAUGGCAUCAGGGAUGAUAUAGAAGGAAUGGUUCACGGCAGGUGCGUGUGUAACCACAACACCAAGGGUUUGAACUGUGAGCAAUGUGACGACUUCCACAAUGACCUGCCCUGGAGACCAGCUGAGGGACGCAACACCAACGCCUGCAAGAAGUGUAACUGUAACGGCCACUCAAACCAGUGUCACUUUGACAUGGCGGUGUAUUUGGCCACGGGUAACGUCAGCGGAGGAGUGUGCGAUGACUGUCAGCACAACACCAUGGGGCGCAACUGUGAGAUGUGCAAACCCUUCUACUACAAAGACCCCAUCAAGGAUAUAAGGGACCCACGAGUCUGCAUCGCUUGUGACUGCGACCCGGAUGGUUCUCAGAAUGGCGGCAUGUGCGACAGCCACACCGACCCUUCCCUCGGCAUGGUGGGAGGUCAGUGUCGUUGCAAAGCUAACGUCGAGGGGCCGCGGUGUGACAAGUGCAAAACGGGCUUCUUUGGCCUGAGCGCCGAAAACCCUCAGGGCUGCCAACCUUGCUGGUGCGACCAUAGAGGGACUGUGUCAGGCAACUCCCAGUGUGACCCAGUCAGUGGAGACUGCUUCUGCAAGCGUCUGGUCACUGGACGCAGCUGUGAUCAGUGUCUGCCAGAGCACUGGGGACUGAGCCACGACCUGAACGGCUGCAGAGGCUGUGAGUGUGAUAUCGGAGGAGCUCUGGACAAUCACUGCUCCAUGGAGAGCGGUCAGUGUCGCUGCCGCAGUCACAUGACAGGACGCCAGUGUACACAGGUGGAGUCUGGACAUUUCUUCAUGGCUCUGGAUCACUUCCUUUAUGAAGCAGAGUUAGCCAAAAUGGGACAGGGCUGUAUGCUGGAGACCAGGGAGCACCAGCCGGGUCGCCCUGCCACCUGGACGGGCAUUGGGUUUGCCCGGGUACCUGAGGGUGGCACCCUGGAGUUCCCCAUCAGUAACAUCCCUUACUCCAUGGAAUAUGACUUGCUAAUCCGCUAUGAGUCACAGAUGCCACGGGACUGGGAGGAGGUGCGAAUAACUGUGGUGCGUCCAGGGCCAAUUCCUACCAGCAGCCCCUGCGGAAACACCAUCCCAGAUGACGACAGACUCACCGUCUCCCUGCCGGCUGGAGCCAGGUUUGUGGUCCUUCCUCAGCCUGUGUGUCUAGAGAAAGGUGUAACUUACACCCUCCGCUUUGAGUUCAGACGCUAUCAGGACGCCAACAGUAUUCUCAACGGAGCGGCCAACGCUGUUCUCCUCGUGGACUCUAUUGCCUUGAUGCCACGCCACUCCUCCAUGGAGAUGUUCAAUGCAGGGGAUCCAGCCUCGAACAGCAGGAGGCAGACCUAUGAGCGGUACCGCUGCUACGAGGGGGCGAAGAGUGUGACCCGCCCACUGAUGAGUGACACCUGUGCCAAGCUAAUCACCAGCAUGUCGGCCAUCAUAAAUGACGGCGCUCUGCCAUGUAAUUGCGACCCUCAGGGGUCCAUCAGCUCCCUGUGUGAUGUCCACGGAGGACAGUGUCACUGCAGGCCCAACGUGAUUGGACUACGCUGUGACCAGUGUGCUCCAGGAACUUACGGCUUUGGACCGUCAGGCUGCAUACCCUGCGGUUGCAGCUUGGAAGGCUCUGUGACUCGACUCUGUGACAAGUUCACUGGUCAAUGCCAGUGCCGCCCGGGAGCGUUUGGUCAGCACUGCGAUGGAUGCCAGGCAGGUCACUGGGGUUUCCCCAGCUGCCGACCUUGCCAGUGUAACGGACACGCAGACCAGUGCGACCAGAGGACUGGAGCCUGCAUCAACUGCAGGGACAACACUGGAGGAGACAAAUGUGAAAGGUGUGCCAAUGGUUACUACGGUAACCCAGUUCUGGGCAUAGCAUCCGGUGGUCAGUGUCGUCCAUGCCCUUGUCCAGACGGGCCCAACAGUGGGCGCCACUUUGCUGCAUCUUGUUACCAGGACAACCGUAACAGAGAAAUUAUCUGCAACUGUAACCAGGGUUACACAGGGAUUGUUAAACGCUCCGGGGUGACCAUUUUUAAGCGUGCUCGAUGUGAGGAAUGUGCCCCUGGUUAUUAUGGCAACCCCUCUCAGCCUGGAGGGCGCUGCCAGCCGUGCCAGUGCAACAACAACAUAGACAUGUCAGAUGUGGAAUCAUGCGACAGGCACACAGGAGAGUGUCGGAAAUGCCUCUACAACACUGAAGGACCCAACUGCGGCAUCUGCAAGAGCGGGUAUUUCGGGGAUGCGUCCCGACGCAACUGCAGGAAGUGCAUCUGUAACUUUCUGGGUACUGAACGUGGUCAGUGUAUGGACCGUGAAGACUGUGUGUGCCAGCGCACCACAGGCCAGUGCCAGUGUCUACCAAACGUUAUAGGCCUGACCUGCGACCACUGUGCCCCCAACCACUGGAACCUGGCCAGUAGCAGGGGCUGUGAACCCUGUGGCUGUGACCCCAACAACUCUGUCACCUCCUCAUGUAAUGAGUUUACGGGUCAGUGUCAAUGUCGUGAUGGCUUUGGAGGGAAGACCUGCACAGACUGUCAGGAGAACUACUGGGGAGACCCCAGGACUCAGUGCAGAGCUUGUGACUGUGACUGGCGUGGCAUUGAGACCUCUCAGUGCAAUCGCGUGACCGGCCACUGUGUUUGUCAGCAGGGGGUGUCAGGUGUCCGCUGUGAUCAGUGUGCCAGGGGCUUCUCUGGCCAGUUCCCCAACUGCCAGCCCUGUCACCAGUGCUUUGGGGACUGGGAUCGCAUUGUACAGGACCUGGCAGUGCGUACCAAGGCUCUGGCAGAGCGUGCCCAUGAGAUUCAGACCACUGGGCUUACCGGGGCCUAUGAGAAGGCCUUCAGAGACCUGGAGGAGAAACUGGCACAAGCUCAGGGAAUUGUUAACGCACGCAAUGCCACUGCCGCAGCCGUUGCUACCCUAAUGGAGCUUAUUGAAGAUAUUAGAGCUCAGAUCAGUGAGACCACUGACACCCUGAACCGUCUGGAAGGAGACCUAACUAUGGUACAGGACAGCAACUCUGAGGCAAGCAAGGAGCUGAGUGCUCUGGAGAGAGAGGCAAAGGAACUAAACCUCACUUCAGAGCAGCUACACCAACAACUGAAUAUCCUCAAAAACUCCAACUUCCUAGGUGCGUACGACAGCAUCCGUAGUUCCUACAACAAGUCUCGUGAUGCUGAGCGGCGUGCUAAUGAAUCAACAACCACCAGGCCCAGCACAGUCAGCCAGUCUGCAGACACCCGCCGCCGCACCGAGCGCCUUAUCACCGCCAAGAAGGACGACUUCAAUCGUAAAAAUGCAGCCAACAAGCGUGCGCUUGGAGACCUCAGCACCAGAGCACAGGGCCUGGACAUGAAGAAGAUCAAUGAGAAGGUCUGUGGUGCCCCAGGUGAUGCUCCCUGUGGGGAGAGCCCUUGUGGGGGUGCAGGUUGCCGUGACGAUGAGGGAAACCGCCACUGUGGAGGCCUGAACUGUAAAGGCGCUGUAGCAGUAGCUGACAGUGCACUGGAGAAAGCCAAACAUGCAGAGAAGGAGCUAAACAAAGCUAUGGGAGAGAUGGAGGGACUCUUCACCAAGGUGGCAGAGGCCAAGACCAAGGCAGAGGAGGCCAAGGGUAAAGCCCAAGCAGCUCUGGACAAAGCCACGGCCACCAAGAACAAAGUGGAGCGCUCCAACAAUGACCUGAGAGACCUCAUCAAACAGAUCAGAAACUUCCUCACUCAGGAGGGAGCAGAUCCAGACAGUAUUGAGGCAGUGGCAAACCGUGUCUUGGAGCUCUCCAUCCCUGCUUCACCCCUCCAGAUCAGACACCUUGCUGAUGAAAUCAAGGAUCGGGUUCGCAGCCUCUCGAACGUGGACGCCAUCCUGGAGCAGACGCAGGAUGAUGUCCGCAAGGCAGAGCAACUGUUGCUGGAUGCCAAGAGGGCAAGGCAUCGAGCUGAGGGGGUAAAGACAACAGCGGAGACAGUAAAACAAGCCUUGGCAGAUGCUAAGACUGCCCAGGCGUCGGCAGAGAAGGCCAUAGCAAGAGCCAAAGCUGACAUUGACAUGACCGAGACUCGACUGGCACAGAUUGAGUCGGAGACGUCCAACAGUCAACGGCACCUGGAUGAUACCAUGGACCGCCUAGGCACACUGGGACGGGAUAUCAAUGCCCUGAAGACCAAACGUGCCAACAACAGCAUGGCAGCGGCCCGAGCCGAAGAGACAGCCACCAUGGCACGAGACAAGGCAAACGAAGCCAAGCAGAUUCUAGAUGGCCAGCUGACAGAUAAAUACCAUGAGGUGCAGCAGCGGGUUGACACCAAGUCCAAGGCUGUGCAGGACGCCAAGAAGAGGGCCGAGAGCCUCAGAGAUGAAGCACAGGCGCUACUGAGUGAUGCCCAGAACAAGCUGCAGAGACUAGCAGAGCUGGAAAAAAACUAUGAGGAGAAUCAGAGGAGGUUGGAGGGGAAAGCUCGUCAGCUGGAUGGCUUGGAGGACAAGAUGAAAGCCAUCCUCAAUGACAUCAACAAACAGAUCCAGAUCUACAACACGUGCCAAUAAGUCACUAUUCCGUGUUAUAUGGAAACGGGUCCAUCAUCAUAUUACUCUGCCAUUUCCUUCAGAUUCAGGAAACUGUCAACAGACUUUGAAGAAAUUAAUUAAAGAAGGUUUGGGUAGUUAGUUCAUCACACUGCAAAUGAAUUUGCAUAUUUUGAGUCCAAACCGUCUUCUAAAUAUUUAAAAACUGUUGCUAUCAUAUUGAGAUAAAUGAACAUACCCAUGUCUGAACAUGUAAAUGUUGUCCAACAUCACGUAUUUUAUUUAAAUUUUAAUAAGUGCACAUUAUUUUUGCUUUUUUUUUUUUUAAAUAAUCUGGAAAUGUAUCUGUUUAAAUUUGUUUUUUGAAUAUAAACAAAUGAAAAUUAUAUUUUAGAAAAGUCAUACACAGAUUUGGUUGAAAACUAAUGAUUUGAAAAUAAGCUGUAGUGUUUAUUUUAUUGUUUUCUUACUUAAGGUGACAGCUGCAUGUCAUUAUCAUUUUCACCAUCUUUUUCUAUGAACUACUGGAAGUAUAUUCUGAGCUGUGCUCACCACAAGAGGACUUCAUUUAAAAUGCAUUAACAGUGUCUUUUUGCAGAAGGAAACUCAACAUUUGGGUGCAUGAGUCCAUAAAAUGAGUCUGAAGAUUUGUCCAAAUUUAUUUUUUAGUGUUUUAUUUUCAAAUAAGCCAAGAAUAUAGACACUGGACCCUAUUCCCUAGGGUCCAGUGUAGUUUUAAGGACAUGCCUUUUCAGUAACAAUGAAGAGAUGAACAGGGUUAUUGCAUUCAUGGAUUUUUUUUUUUUUUCAGAUAAAAAAUACACCUAUUGUUGUGCUUGGCAUUAUUCUUUUUAUCAUGUCUGCCUUCACACAAAUACCAGGUAAACAAAUGGUAUGAUAUGACCAUUUGUAUGUGAAAAUACAAUGAACUAUUUGACUUACUAAGCCAAUAGAUAUAAACCACCACAAACCACCUCUGCCUGCAAUAGGAGGGUGACUGUACACUGAUACAUAAUACACAGGAAUAAUAAGGAGAUAAGUGUAAGCUAACAGCAUACAUAGUGCUAGAAGGCAGCUCUCAGGAUGCCAGUGUUGAUCACUAUGUCAGUCUGUUUGCUGGGAAACUUUGUUCCAGAGGGAAAUAUCUAAACACCUGUCAGAUAAAACUGCUGAAACAAGAAGACAUGAUCUUUUCAGAAUCUCAUGUGUUCCGAUGUUGUCACUGUACAGAGGGUAAAGGGUUUGAUUUUGCUCGUUCAGUAUGAAGCUGGAGCCAGGAGAAGAGAUGGUUGUCCUAGCUAAGUAUAAAGGGUGGAGACGAGUGAAACAGCUAGCCUGGCUCUGUCCAAAAUCAAAAAAUCAGCCUCACUAAUGAACACGUUAGCCAGCAGAGACACAAAGAAGUCACUGAUCCUGGCCAAGAAAUAGGAGAACUAUUCCUUUAAGUCAUCACCAAGAUUCAUUUUUGUGAAUGUCAAAUCCAAGAUGCACAAAUGUUUGUGAAUGUUUGUUUAUCAAAUAAUCUGUGAUGAUGAUGUUGCCUCACUGAUGCAACAUCGUAUUCUACAGUAUGUACAGUGUUUAAUUGUGCCUUACACUGUGUCAGUCUCUUGGAUAUUUACUCAUGUACUGUUUGCAUGGCAAUGUGUAUUUUAGGAAACAUAACAAACCAAAAAACUAACUUUGUGCACAUAUUUCCCCCUGCCUGCCUAUCAGCUGGCAGCCACAUGAUUUUGAAAACUAACUGCCAAAGUAAAAAUACCAAAAGAGGCUUGUGUAAAGUUUUACAAUGUACAGUUUUGUGAAUAAAGCUUAAAUAACUUAA